AUGCAAACUAUUUCGCAAAAUGAAUCAAAGUUCAAGAGUCUUGGAGAAAUCUUCUUCGAUGUUUUAAAGAACAACUUGGACCCCAAUAAGAUCGCAAUGAUCGAUAAAGUUACCAAGAAACAAAUCAAUUACGGCGAACUUCUGGAUCAAAGUUUGAAGCUGGCCGAAGAGUUGAAAGCUCUCGGUGUUAAUAAAGAUGAGUUGAAAGCUGCAUUUAUUCACUCCAAACCGAAAGUUAUGUUCACAACUCAGGAUCAUUUUGAAAAAGUUCUCGUACUGAGAGAGAUCACCGAUUACAUUAAAAACCAAAGAGCAAAUUGCGAAGAUGAUUGUGCCUUGCUUCUCAACUCAUCUGGAACAACAAGUUUUCCGAAGAGCGUGGUUUUGACUCAAAGAAAUGUUAAGACGAUAUUCAAUUAUUUAAAAUUUCCGUAUAUCGAUAUAAAUACUGAUAACGUCUUGAUCGGAAUGAUGCCAUUCUACCACGGUUUCGGUUUAAUGCUUGUAUUUGGUAGCAUAGUUAAUCUCUCGAUGAUGGUCAUUUUGCGGAAGUUCAAUCCCAAAGAUUAUUGCGAAAUAAUAGAAGAGUACAACGUGACUUGUCUUCAGAUCGUUCCUUCUAUUGGUGUCUUUUUAGCUAAACAUCCUAUGAUAGCGAAUUACGAUUUUUCUAGGGUAAAGGAUAUCACGUGCGGCGCAGCUCCUCUUGGAUUAGAAGUUCAGGACGCUUUAGAAAAAAGAUUGAAUUGCAAGAUACGGCAGUUUUAUGGAAUGACGGAAACUUCCGGUGUGAUAACUCUGGUACCUACGGGCGAUGAAUCAAAAAUUGGAGCUUCAGGAAAACCAUUACCCUGGGUAGAUAUAAAAGUUAUCGAUAUUGAUAAUAACGAAGAGAUGGCUCAAGGUGGGAUUGGUGAGUUGUGCGUGAAAACUAUACAAAACAUGAAAGGUUAUUUGGGUAUGGAUGAAGACACUAAAAGCCUCUAUUGGAACGAUGAUUACUUUCGAGCCGGAGAUAUAGGUUACAUAGACAAAGACGGCGAAAUUUUUAUCCUCGAUAGAUUAAAAGAAAUGAUCAAAUAUAAAGCAUUCCAAGUUUCUCCAUCUGAAUUGGAAGACAUACUGAACUCACAUGAAUACAUCGUGGAGUCAGGCGUUAUAGGAUUACCGGACGAAAGAGCCGGAGAACUUCCAAUGGCUUUUGUUGUUAAGCGAGAAAACGUCGAUCUGAGCGAAGAAGCUGUUAAGGAAUUCGUGGCUGGUCAUGUUUCAUUGCACAAGCAACUUCAUGGAGGCGUCAAGUUCGUUAAAGAAAUUCCCAAAGGCUCAUCUGGAAAGAUUUUGCGAAAAACACUGCGACAAUUAAUCAAAUGAACAUUUCUCCAGCAAAUUUUACUUAUUUAGAAUGGAAUUC